AUGUGGAAAGCUGACAUCAGGGCUACAUUACAAUUCCGACUAGCCCCGGCACUGGCUGCUGAACCUUCCCUCUUCCAGAAACUCGCAGUCAGGAUUCCGAAAAAGUUUACUUCUGCUUUCUCUCUCCACCUCUGCACUCUCCGAUCCAGGGGGUGCCCACGUGACCAUCUGAUGCCAAUCUUGAAGAGUAGCUUAACCAGGCUGAGCCCCACCAAACUGUAUGGGGGGCCCGUGAAACUGCACAAGGAAAUAAUAUUGGGCAGCAGCAUGGCGGCUGGAUCCAACCCUUUCGAGGAAGACGUGUGCAAUGAGAUGAAUCCCUUGGCAGGGGACUCAAGCCAAGAGAAGAACCCUUUCAUCGAAGAGGAGGAGGAAGAGACGGAGUCAGCAGAAACUCUCAACCGAAGCCUGCAAUCAGAGGAGGCCACCUCACCGAAGAAGAAUGGCAAUGACAAAUCUGGGACAUUGACGUUGUCACUGAGGAAGGUGUUGGGGAAGAGCAAGGGUAAAAGAAGACGCUCCAUCGAGGAGAAAAGCGAAGAGAGGAAGUCAUUCUUCAGAUUCUCAUCGCCCCUGUCAGACCAGGACUCGCCUUGGAAGAGCCAGGAGAAGAAGAAAGGUCGCAGGCAGUCGGAGGAGCUGGGCUCACCAGUGAAGCUUGGCAAUGGGCCAGACAAGGAGGGCCCCGCCGAGGUGGAGUUGAAAAAGAAGAUGACCUUCCUUAAAUGGAGCAAGGUUAAAGCAGAACUGUCGCCAGAGAAACCGAUACCGGAGGGCAAGUCAGAGAAACAGGCAGAGACAGUGCCCAAAGUCAAAGAGCCCCUGUCAGUUCUUGAGAUCAACAACUUAAUUCAGAAGCGGGAACUGGUGGUGGCCGAUAGCCACAUCAUUGAGCUGGAGGAAGAGUGCGGGAGGGUGAAGCAGCAGAGCCCAGAAGGCACCAACUCUAACAAGGACAGCGGGAGGAAGGAAAAGGAUGUGGCGCUCCUCUACACAGCGCUGGAGAGCGAGCUGGGGAAAAUCGUGGGGGAAUCGCUGAGCCAAACCCUCGUGGUCACGCACCUGGAGCAAAUGGUGCAGACAAUCGAGGAGGAGGAGAAGGUGGACAAGGCAUGGGCCGGUCAGGGAGGGGUGCCUGAGGGCACCGACGGUGGACGACCCAGGGAGCUGAGGAGAAAGUGGAGGGAAGCAGUGAAGAGAUCGGUGGCCGAGAGGUUGUCACAGUGCCAAGGCAACGGGCCAAUUGCUCAGUGCUUGAGAGAGCUGAGAGAGCAAACUGUUAGUGACUUGAUCUCCGUCCGAAAGAACCUAAUUCCGGCCUACCCGAAGGAUUAUGAGGUAUUCAAUGUCUACGUAAGGAGCUACCACGAAGAGGUGUCUUCCUGUCUCUCGGUGAUGGCCCAGAAAGAUUUGAAAAUUCAGGAGCUCUACAGCUUUCUCCAGUGGUGCCACAAUGAUUACUUCAGAGAUGUGAUGGGACACAAGGAGCUCACUGCACAUAUCAGCAAACAACAGCUGGGACCAUUGUUACCAACAGAAACCGUUCGGAGGUUGGAGGAUAUCUGUGUCUCCAUGGUGGAGACGCAGAUUACAAAAGACAUGGCACAGGAACUCUCCACAGGGCUGGAGAAAUGGGAGCAGGGAAGCGAAAUGUUUCAAUCAGAGCUGGCGAACAGGGUGAUUCAGCUCCUGAAGGAACAUGUUGAAAACUCUGCUGCCACCACACAAGAGCUGGGGUCUCGAGUUGCUCACUGCUGCCUCUUCUGCCUGGCUGACUUCCUGCAAAGUUUUCAGACAAGCGUGCAGAGGUUUUAUGACCAAUGCUCUGAAAGUACAAGCAAGACGGAACAGGUGGUUGCUCAAACGAUUGCAGUGAUGAAUUGUUGCCCUGCCUUCAGAGACUACAUCGAGCGCCUGGUACAGAAAGUCUCAGGCGACAGUGAGGAAAGGAAGAAGAGAGCGACGGCUCCUCUGGACAAAGUUACGAGAGGAGGCAACAAACUCUUAACAGAGAAGCUGUUUGAUGAACUAAAGCCAAACUUCUCAAAGCUGUUGAAAAAGAAAUGGUUGCAAAGCGCAGAGAGUUUUGAAAGUAUCACCACCAUCAUCAAGCAGCACUUCAACCAGUUCCGAAAAAUGAAAACCCCACCGUACCAGGAACUGGUAAACGACGUUCACAAAAAUGUGGUCAUCAAGUAUCUGACAGCAAUGUUGCAGACGCGGAUAACCUGCAACUCGACUGAAAUGCGGACCAAGUUAGCGGGACGACUGAGUGACGAGAGUGCACAGCUGAAAGAGCUCUUUGAAAGUCUGAAUUCCACUGCCUCCUGGUUGGAUCCUGCCAUUGAUCACCUGGCUGAGAUUGUCAGACUGAAGGAUAUCUCCCCCAUCCAGAUGGAAGUUGGGGUCUUGGUGAGCAGUUACCCUGACGUCCGGAAGAACCACAUCUCAGCCGUGUUGAGUGUGAGAGGGGAUGUCAGCCAAGCGGACCGCCAGACCAUCUUGGAGACCCUACAAGACUUCAACAGCAACGAGGGCGGGUCCAGACCUUCCCGCGACAGAGCGCUCUUCGCUGAGAUUGACAUUGUCCCGGAAAUGCGGUGCAUCAGCCUCAACAUGAGCCGUGUCUCCAGCCGCCGGGUGGGAUGUUUCUCCAUGUUCCGCCAGCGUAACAUCCGCACCAGGUGACCGGCGGAAAGGUGGAGGUGGGAUCGUGGUGGAAACCCCUCCGUCCAUCUGGGCACAGGAAGAGAAUAAUUGCAGGAAUAAUUAGUGCCUGUUGCCCGAUGUGUUGAGAUCGUCAAGGUACAUCUCGAUUUAUUGGGACUCUCGGAGGCUGACCCUUUAACCAUCCCAUUAAAGGAGGGUGUCCAGACAUUGAGGGUCUAACAAGCUUCCCAACUUGGAGAGGCAAGCGUUGCCCCUUGACCUCUGACCCCAUCUAUAAAUCCAUCCCAGAUGAUCGGGAUGCCCAACACAGCACUAAUUGGCAGCCGUGCUCAGUGAGGGCGCAGAACUGGGUAAUGGUACAGCUAGAGUUGAUUGAGUUUGAGGCUUGACCGAAACCUUUGCGAUCCCGAGGGGCCUUGACAGGGUUUCCUCCUGUGGGAGAAUCGAGAACCAAGGGGUCACUGUUUAAAAAUAAGGCGUCGCCCAUUUAGGACAGAGCUGAGGAGACAUUUUUUUCCUCCCAGAGGGUUGUGAG